CCCACGUUUUCCGGUAUCUGAGAAAGGUCUAAGUUGGUAGAAGUAAGACGAAAAUGGCUUGUUCCUAUGCGAGAUCGCUUGUGUUCUCGGCGUCAAAGGUGCUGAAAAUGUCCACAAAAACGUUUGCAAGGAGCAGGAGUUGUGUCUUGCAAAAUUGCAUGAGCGUAAACCCUUGGCUACAGCGCGGGUUCACGCGGUCACACUGGGUGUUGUGCGGUGAAAAGCAGAUACCGGGAGCAGUGAACGUUGGGAUGAACACCACGUGCAGCUGUAGCAGAUUACAUACAGAGGUUGAUAAAGAAUUAGUUGAAUUUCUAGACAAAGAAAUUUCACUAGAAAAAGAAACGUCCAAAAAGAGAGGUGUGCCAAACCUAGCCGACUUUCAGGCGAAGACAGAUGGAGCUAAUGUUACGCUCACACGAAAACUCUCAGAUGAAACAAUCACAAUUAAGUUCAACAUUAACAACUCCGUGGAUGCUGAUGGACUUCCUGAGGCAGAAGAGUAUGACCAGAGUCAAGGGGAAAUACCCAAUAUGAUAUCAAAACCUCCAUUCAUUGUGGAGUUGAACAAGGGAGGUAAGCGCACCUUGUCUGUACAGUGCUCUUUUCCACCACCAGAGGGCAUGUCACCAGACCAGUCAGCUCCGCCAGAAACAGAACAAAUAGUGGAUUCUUACGAAAUUAAUGAAGUCGCCUUACAUGAAGGAGAGUGGGAAGAGGAAGUGUAUAGUUUACAGUCUGAUGUCAUGGAUGGGAACCUGUAUGAUCUUUUAAUGGAUAUGUUGGACGAGCGUGGAAUCAAUGAAGAGUUCACCUCAAACAUGGUGCAGUACGCUACGGGCUACGAACACGCCAAAUACCUGGAGUUCCUGGAGAACCUGAAGACAUUUACUAAGGGCAAUUAAUUAUCUCUGAGAUUCCCUCGAUGUUUUCAUUAAUCUAUCCAAAUGAGACAGGUGGGCUUGUGCCAUAUGUAAAUCGUAAACUUGUGAUGAGCUAAAAGCAGAUUUAAAAUAAAAGGAACGAAGAUUUUACUUUAACAGUAUUGAGUAUUGAAAUACAAGUGGUGAAAUAUGUGGUACAGAAUCAGCUCUGUAUCUUUUUUUUUAAAAAUUGAAAAAAGUUUGGGUUAUGUUCUCUCUAAAGAAAGAAAUGAAACUUCGCCCAAGUUGAAGUUGCACAUUUUGCAUCCUGCUGACAGUUCUAUUGAUCUUAGAAAAAUAUUUUGAGUUUUAAUUGGGAUGUAUGUGUACAUGUAGAUGAUAGCCUAUUGGUAAAACGCAAAUUUCAGCACCAAAGUAGUAGUUUAAGGACAUUUAUUUGGACUAUUUUGGGCGAAAUUUUAGGUCAUUUACCGUACUGAAUGGAGAGUAUGUCGGCUGCACCUUCAGAUAUUAGGGGUUGCUUCUUGUGCUAAAAUAGUGGAGACAGUUGUUAAGAUUGUGAAGAUCUGCAGACGUUGAGCUUUGAAAUUGUUGAGCAUCUGUUAGGUAACUAAACUUAUUUUUGAAGAAUUUAGGAAGCAUUGCAGGUAUAUGAAAGAAAAUACUGACGUGUGUUGUGUGUUGAACUGUAUAUGUCAUCAACAUCAACCAGUGAGUUGGUUAGUGGCUGUAAAUUUGAGGUUGAGUAAAUGUGUCUUGCAGACUAUUCAAACGAUGUUGUUGGCGACAUGACUGGCAAGCUGCAUUUCUGCUGUGUGUAACCUACAGUAGGUCAGGUUUCAUAUGUUCCCAGUCAUUUUCACAACCAUUGCCUAUAAACAGUGAAGAUACACGAUGAAUCUAAAGGCAAACUAAUUCAUAUAACAUACCAUAUCACGCCAUCCUGUUCCCAGUUUCAUUAAGAAUUCAUGUACAAUUUUCAUUAACUCUUCUUUACAAUGAAGGCUAAUUACUUGCUUGUCAGAACUUUUGCUGUCUGGUUUAUAUGUUACAGUGACAUAGACAAUUGUGUGCCAUAUUUUGUAGCCUAGAGGGGUUUGUCAAAGGGGAUUUUCAUACCUCCUUGUACAGAAGAGUUGCUAAGUGAUGUCGUUACAUGUUGAAUAAAUCAUGUAAGAAUGGUAAAGAUUUGUUUUGGAAUAAAAUAACGA